AUGGCCUCAGCAGCACCCCAACCACACUCCGCCUUCCCCACGAGGCCCUACUCCAGCACAUUACACGGCAAACUCCCUGAAAGAAAUGCGCCGGGCAUCUUCGGCGCAUCAUCUACACGGGAAACGGCGCGUUUAGAACGAGAGCGACAGGAGCGCGAGCGCGCACAUCGAGAAGCCCAAGCUACAACACAAGCAGCAGUUCAGGGCGGGGCGGGGCCUUCGAAUCCAUUGAACAGUAUCACGGACGAGCAACGCGAGGAAAUAAAUGAAGCCUUCGGACUAUUCGACCUCGAUAAAGACCAGCGAAUCGACUACCACGAAUUCAAAGUCGCGCUCAAAGCUUUAGGAUUCGACCUCCCCAAGCCCGAAAUCCUCGACCUCCUCAGACAAUAUGGCACCUCUCCAGAUACGGCCGCGCAGCAGCCGCCGACUUCCUCACGCCACCCACACCAAGCCCAGCCUUCGCAGCAGCCGGCAAACCCAGGCCGGUUGCACCUUACACUCCAGGCGUUCCAGACCAUUGCGGCGAGUUUGAUAGCCCAGAGAGACCCGAGGGAUGAGAUCCUAAGGGCGUUCGCGCUCUUUGAUACGGAGGAUAAGGGUAUUAUUAGUAUUGAGGAUUUAAGGAGGGUGGCUAGGGAGUUGGGCGAGGGGCUUGAGGAGGAUGAGUUGGUGGCUAUGAUUGAAGAAUUUGAUUUGGAAGGCAAAGGGGGAGUGGGGAGGGAGGAGUUUAUAGGGAUUUGUAUGGGUUGA